CCUGAACAUCCCUUCAGACAGUCAAAGGAUACUGAAGAGAGGCUAAAGGUCAUUCCCAAAUUCUGCUUUCCGGAUCCCAAAGACUGGUGUCCUGCAUCAGACCUUAAAAGUGAAACGUUUUCUUUCGUGUUGACGGGUGAGGAUGGCGGCCGCUGGUUUGGGUACUGCAAGAAGCUCCUGCCAGAAGGGAAAGGGAAGCGCCUUCCUGAGGUAUACUGCAUCGUGAGCCGCCUGGGCUGCUUCAACCUCUUCUCCAAGAUUUUAGAUGAAGUGGAGAAGAGGCGAGAGAUGUCCCCAGCCCUAGUACAUCCAUUUAUGCGUAGUGUAAUGGAGGCGCCUUUCCCUGCUCCGGGACGCACGAUUACUGUGAGGAGUUUCCUGCCAGGAGCAGGAAAUGAGGUGAUGGAACUCUGCCGGCCACUGGAUUCUCGACUCGAACACGUUGACUUCGAAUGCCUGUUUAAGUGUCUAAGUGUCUCUCACGCAAUUCGGGUCUUUGCCUCUCUCCUGCUGGAAAGGAGGGUGAUCUUUGUCGCUGACAACUUAAGCACUCUGUCUAAAUGUGGCCAUGCUGCAGUUGCAACGCUCUAUCCCUUCACUUGGCAGCACACCUACAUACCCGUCCUACCAACUUCUAUGAUUGAUAUUGUGUGCUCUCCGACCCCAUUCUUAAUUGGCAUUCUCUCCUGCUCGUUACCACAGCUCCAGGACCUGCCCAUAGAAGAGGUUCUCAUUGUUGAUCUUUGUGCCGACAAGUUCUUGCAAGAGGUAUCGGACGAAGAUGAGAUCCUGCCUCAUAAACUCCAGGCUGCGCUUGUACAAAUCUUGGAAGAACGAAGUGCAAUCUUGUCACAAGAGCAGAGUGACGCACAAGGUGAUGUGCCUCUUAACUCCCUGGUCUCUGAAGCUUUCGUGCAGUUCUUUGUGGAGAUCGUUGGACACUACUCCCUGCACAUGAAUGUCACGGAAAAAGGGGAGCGGGUGUUUCAGCGGGAACUGUUCCGUAAAUCUCACGGUUCACGCAACGUGCGUCACUUCUUGCACUUCUUCAUGGAAACGCAGAUGUUUGCAGGGUUCAUACAGGAUCGAGAGCUAAGAAAGAACAUGGUCAAAGGCCUUUUUGAGGUUCGUGCCUUGGAGUAUUUGGAGAGUAUUCCAGAGACAGAACCAACUGGAAUGAACAAAAUCCUUCGCAGUCUUGGAAGUAAAAUGAAGUUUCUCCAGAAGAAAUGA